AUGCCGGCCGCCUUGGCCGAAGUGUUUGGUUUGAGCUUAGAGGAGCAGCCCCUGGAAGAAGCCGGGAAGGUUGCGCUCCGAGCCUUAGAGGGUCCGGCUGGCCAGCAAGCGAGCAGGACCUCUCCUCCCGACAGGUGAGUGAUGUUGUUUUCUUUGCAACGGAGCAGACGGUGGAAGGGAGCGCAGCGCUUGA